AUGGUGAACAAUAAUGAUGGUAAUCCAAUUGAAGGAUUACCACCUUCAAAAGGAGAUGAUAUCUUUGGUAUAGAUUAUGCAGACUUGGUGUUGGAGAAUGUCAUUGGAAGAGGAUCGUUUGGACAAGUACAAAAGGCAUCUUAUUUCGGUACCGAAGUAGCCGUAAAAUCAUUGAGUUCAUUGGUAUCGAUCGAUCCAGAUUAUUAUAAAUUCAUGCAACGAGAGAUUAGAAUUUUAAUGGAUAUGAGACACCCAAAUAUAGUACAAUACAUAGGAUCAUGUAAACAUGAAGAGAAAAAUGAAGAGAAACAUAUGAUCAUCACUGAAUUUAUCAAUGGAGGUGAUCUACAUCAAUAUCUAAAGAGUAAAGGUCAAAGUGUAACAUGGCAACUCAAAAUUAAAUUGGCAUUGGAUAUUGCAUCUGCAUGUAUGAAUUGUAGUUAUAAUUUUAAGAAAGUAAUUUUCAGAGAUUUAAAAGCAAAGAAUAUUUUGAUUGAAGAGCAUGGUGCAUCGGUGAGAGCUAAAGUAUGUGAUUUCGGAUUUGCAAGAAUAUUCGAUGUCUCCAAUACCAUCGAGAAGAAACAAGGUUAUCUUACUAUUUGUGGAUCAGAGACAACGAUGGCACCAGAAGUUAUUGUUGGUUCAAAUUAUGAUGAAACUUGUGAUGUUUAUUCCUUUGGUAUUUUAUUGUAUGAAAUGAUCUGUGGAAUUAGAGUGGUAAAGAAUGAGUUGAAAAGACUACCUCAGGAGGCAUUCGAUUUGGAUUGCGAUAAAGCCUAUCAGUAUGUGCCACCCGCUUGUCCAAAGGUUUUCUGUGAGUUGGCCAGACUCUGUGUUAGCUACGAACCAAGACAACGUCCAUCUUUCAAAACCAUCUGUAUGGGACUGUCCGAUCUCAAUUCAAAGCCAUUCGAAACGUUGGCUCUGAAAGGUGGUAAUCCAGUUUCACUUCUCCACACCAUGGUAUCGCCAAGAAGCAACAACAACAAUAGCAAUGGAAGUGGAGGUGGAAGUGGAAACAGCAGUGAUAAUGACGAUAACAACAAUAGCGGUGGAAGUGGAGGUGUAAAAGAAAAUAAUAGUGUUGUAUUCCAAGGAUCAGUUAUCUAUAAUAAUAAUAAUAAUGACAAUAACAAUAAUAAUAAUACAAUUAAUGCAUUUGGUUCAAUAGUAUUGGAACAGGAAUCAAAGGUUGAAGGAGUAAAUCAAUUCUUGGCAGAAGCGCAACAACAACAGAUAAAGAAGAAUAGAAUUACCAACUCUAGUUUCUUUAAGCCACCUACCACCGAUUCAGCCAAUACCACCAGUAGUACCACAACAAGCAGCAAUAACAGCAGUGUACUUGGAUCAUCUUCUCCCGAUGGUGAUUCAUUCAAUGUUCCUUCUACUCUGCUAACAUCGUUGACACUCAAUGAAAUCAAAUAUCGUGAUCCAUCCUUUUUUGAAGAUCCAGAUAAGAUCAUACAGGAAAAGAAAAGAUAUUUAUCAACUCCAAAUUUAGGAUAUAACAAUGGUAACAACAACAACAACAACAGUGACAAUUCAAAUUCAGAUGAUGCAGAGAAACAAAAACCAGUUAAUCUAUCAGCAACCUUACCACUAUCAAGUCAUAAUCAAAAGAAGAAGAAACUAAAGAGUCGUAAAAAGAAAAAGAGAUCUAAAUAA